GUUUCCAGAAGUCUAGAUCUUGUUGCCAGACUUUGGCUUACCAUCAAUUUCGAUACUUUGCCCCUCGGUCAAAUCUAUCCUAAGCCAGUACAAUUGGCCUGGGAAGAAACCAAGACCCUUCGCCAAGUGAUCGACAGUUACUUUGCAGUCACUCUUGCCGAUCGGCCUGCCGAGUUGAAACGGGGUGAUAUUCCAUCCACUUUCAACAUUACGGUGCUCUGCGAACGAUACAAUUUUUCCAUUCGUUGGACUUCCAACCUAGCUGAACACUUGCAAAUUGAAGAAAAGUUGGGCCAAAGAAGCGUGAUGUUGUACGAACAUAUUGUGUGUCUCUGGAACCAUUUGGAAUAUUCGAAAGAUUGCCCUGUACCUCAAAGCCUGCUCGAAGAAACACUUGAUACUCUAGUUCUUCUGUUUCCAUACGAAGACACUGGAACCAUGAAACUACUGAAAAGAGAGAAGAAGAAUUUCUGGAGACUGGGGCGCUGUGGCCGUACAAGGAAGGCUGAGCUCGACGACUUUUCAUACUGGAAGCCAGGCAUUCAGAGGUUACUGGAGGAGUACAAUAAGCCACCUCGAGGGACCCAGCAACUCCGUCUGGACAAGGAGGGGCGAAAUUUCCUAGAGUUUUCCACGUUCUGGACAGCACUCCUGGUUGCUAUCCUGACUAUACUGGGCAUUGCCUUUGGGACGAUCGGAACUGCAUACGCCAUCAAGGCCUACAAUUUGUCCUACAAACAAUAUGUGCUAUCA